AUGAACCGCAAUCACUUGCCAGACAUUCAGAGCCAGAUGGGAUACGAUAGUGCAUCCGAUGUCACUCCUGGAAGUCCUACUGGGACUUUUUCGACGUUCAGUAUGACGAGUACGAUGAAUGACAGAGUGUUUAGGGAAGAUGGGGGAAGGAGAUUCCAAGCUCAGAAUGAUGAACAAGAAUUGGAGCGACUGGAAUGUCAACAUCGUGUUUUCAAAGCUGUCCAAGCCGGUGUCAACUACUUUGCACCGGUUCACGGUAAUUUGUAUGAUGGAGCGAGAGGACUGGAUAUUGGUUGUGGUACCGGUAUAUGGACCAUCGAGAUGGCACAGGAAUUCCCAAAUGUCGAAUGGAUUGGAACGGACCUGGCGCCAGUUCAGAGAGACUCAGAUUUACCUGACAAUCUACAUUUCGCUCAGAAUGACAUAACACAGGGAUUACCUUUUCCAGAUGACAGUCUCGAUUUUGUCCACUCACGAUUACUAGUCAUGGGUGUGAGAAAUUGGAAAGCCAUCGUCGACGAGAUACUGAGAGUGUUGAAACCCGGUGGAAUGGUAGUGAUGAUUGAGUGUGAUUUCCCUUGGGGGUUACCUGGUGUUCCCGAAGAUCAAUGGGCGGAAAGAGCCAAAGGACAUUGCAAGUUUUCUGAUUAUCUAAAAAUGGCAGUAGAAAAUAGAGGGUACGAUCCACAGGCUGCUUCGAAGACGAUUUCAAGAUUGAUGAGAUCGAGUGGGAAAGUCAGGGAUGUGACUCAGAUAGGCAGUUGUUUGCCACUUUGGGGAUGGUCUAAUGAUCCUCACUUACGUCGAGCAGGAGAGAUAAUGAGAGCGGAUGCAGAAGACAUACCUAACUCCGUCAAAAUAGUCAUCCAAGACGCAUGCGAAGUUCCCGAAUCGAUAUAUCAAGAGAUCAAACGUGGAUAUCUUGCCGACCUCGGUAGACCAGGUGCUCAUACCGCCGUACCGAUUUUCCACAACUAUGGAUGGAAGAUCUAA